AAGAAGAAAAAGAACUCCUGGCCGGUGUUCUGUCCCGCGUGCUUGCUGUCCAAACGUCCCGAACUGGAGAUUCAUACCUGUCAUUUCUACUCGACGACAUCCCACAUCCAGACAUAGGCGCUUUUUAAAAACAUUUUCAUCUACAAACUCAUUAAGUUAGCCGUCCGACUUAGAAAGCCGUUCUUUUGUUGACAUUACACCGAGGUUCAGAAAGCCACACUGCACCCAUUAACGGUCGGUCCACUUUAACGUUUCCAUUUCUGCUUUAACGGUCGACCCUAGAUCCAGUGGAGGUUGAUCGCAGCUAUCAAGAUGACGGAGGAGCUUGAGGGCAUUCUGUCACAGCUGACACAGCCUGACAAUGCAGUCAUUCAGCAGGCCACAGCCCAACUGAAACAGGCUUUCAAAGACCCAGCUAUGAUACCGGCCCUCUGUGCUGUCAUGAGUGGCUCCCAAAACCCAGAGAUUCGCCAGUCAGCUGCAGUGAUGCUGAGGUUAAGAGUGAAGAAACACUGGAAUAAGAUCAGCCCUAAUGACAGAGAGAGCCUCAAAGCCGUGGUAUUGCAAGCCUUCGCCGUGGAAACAGAACACAAGGUGCAGCACUCUCUGUCCCAGCUGUGUGCAGUUAUGGUGAAACAUGAAACGCCAGACCGCUGGCCUGCUCUGCUGCAGCUUCUCAACCAGUCCACCAAGAGCACAAAUCCUCACGACAGACGGAUUGGCCUCCUGCUGCUGAAUAAGGUUAUAGAGUCCAACCCUGAACCGUUCAAGCCUCACUACUGUCAGCUGCUGCAGCUGUUCAGCACUGUGCUGCAGGACUACGACAAUCCCCCAGCACUGUACUACUGCAUCCUCACCCUUACCGCCAUAACGGCUUACACCGGCACCGAGGAGAUGAAGGAAAUGCGUGCCAUCAUUCCAAGUCUGAUUGUUGCUCUAAAACACCUCAUCAAGGCAGAUCAGGAACAAGCCAGCGAAGCCAUGGAGGUGUUAAUUGAGCUCAUGGAGAUCGAAGUGUCCAUCAUAGUCCCCCACAUUGCAGACAUUGUCCGCUUCUGCCUGGAGGUGGGCAGUGACACGGCACUAAGCGACUCUCUGCGAGUGAAAGCGCUCUCUUGCAUCACCUUCCUCAUCAAGCUGAAAAGCAACUCGGUGCUGAAACUGAAGCUGCUGGGUCCCAUCCUCCAGAGCAUUUUUCCCAUUCUGACUGCAGCGCCCCCAACUGGCGAGCAGGACCCCGAGGAUGAAGAGGAUGAUUGUGGUGACCCCACCGACAGUGAUAACCCCAAACACAGCGCUGCUCAGAUGAUCGACACUAUGGCCCUCCAUAUGCCUCCGGAGAAACUGUUUCACCACCUUGUCCCCCUUACGCAGGCCUGCCUUACCAGUGAGAACCCUUACCAAAAGAAGGGUGGUCUCAUGUGUCUUGCCGUGCUAGCUGAGGGAUGUGCAGACUACAUACGCUCCAAGAUGCUGCCAUCACUGCUGCAGACCGUCUGCCAGAGUCUCUCAGACAGCAACAGGGUGGUGCGCAGCGCUGCCCUUUUUGCUCUUGGUCAAUUCUCUGAAUAUUUACAGCCUGAAGUAAGUAAGUAUUGUGCAGAGUUGAUGCCUCUGCUGCUGGGAUACCUCUCCUCCCUGAGCGAGGCCAAGAUCGGCCAUAUCACUAAAGUGUUUUAUGCCCUGGAAAACUUCAUGGAGAACCUGGGAUCUGAUAUUGAGCCGUAUCUUUCCACCUUGAUGGAGACCAUGUUGUCUGCCCUCAACAAUAUGGAAAACCUGAAAAUAAAAGAGCUGGCUGUGUCUGCUAUAGGAGCUAUAGCGAAUGCAGCCAAGGAGUUGCUGGUGCCUUAUUUCCCUCCAUUGAUUGAAAGUCUGAAUGGUUUCCUCACUGCCACCACAGAGGAGAUGAGGCCUCUGCAAAAUCAGUCCCUUGAUACUCUGGCUGUACUGGCCCGCACUAUGGGCAAAGACGUGUUCGGUCCUCUUGCUGCAGAAUGCAUUCAGCUCGGCCUCAAGCUCACUGAUGCCAUUGAUGAUCCUGACCUGAGACGAUGCACGUAUGGUCUUUAUUCGGCUGUGUCCACAGUCAGCCCUGAAAGCCUGACCCCCCACCUCACUGCCAUAACCACUGUGAUGCAGCUCGCCCUGAAGUCCAAUGAAGGAAUCAUGGCGCACCUUGAAGAGGACAAAACAUUCGUCCUGCUUGAUGAUGAUGAUGAUGAGGACAAAGGCGUUGGCGAAGGAGGAAAAACUGAAGAGGACUUUUUGGAAGAUGAACCUGAGACAGACAUCCAUGACUUUGCAGGGUUCAGUGUGGAGAACGCCUACAUUGAUGAGAAGGAGGAUGCCUGCGACGCCAUGGGAGAGAUCGCCUUAAGCACAGGCGCUGCCUUCCAGCCGUUCCUGGAGUCCAGCUUCCAGCAGGUUUUUGAGAUGAGAGAUUUUCCUCAUGAGGACGUCCGCCGGGCAGCGCUGGGAGCUCUGGGUCAGUUCUGCCGCGCUCAGCACAAAGUGUGGACCGAGAAUCCCACUGAGGCCAACCACCAGGCCCUGUUGAAGUUGCUGGACGUGGUGGUACCGUGCUUUGUGGACACGGUGCUGGCGGACCGGGAGCGGCUGGUUGUAAUGGCCGUCCUGGAGACCAUGAGCAGUGUGAUCAAGUCCUGUAAGGAGGAGGUUUUCAGAAACCCUUCACACCUGACAAAGAUCAGCCACCUCAUACGUGAUGUGCUGAAGAAAAAGACGACUUGCCAAGGCAGUGGCAACGAUGAAGCUGACGAUGAAGACGAGCAGGCAGAGUAUGAUGCUAUGCUCCAGGAGUUUGCAGGAGAAGUGAUUCCCUUGGUGACCUCUAGUGUUCCUGCAGACAAGUUUGCACCUUACCUUAAUGAUCUGCUGCCUCUCAUCAUGAGCAAAGCUAAAUCCUCCUGCACCGUGGCUGAUCGGUCCUUCUCUGUGGGGACGAUCGGCGAAAUCCUCCACGCUCUGGUGAAUGUGUCAGGAGGCCAAGGAGUGGCAGCUCGACUGUCCAAUCGUCUGCUUACCGUACUGGUUGCUGGAGUGAAGGACAACGACGCCGAGGUCCGCAACAACAGCGUGUUUGGGCUGGGAUGCCUGGCUCAGGCAGCUGGACCGCUCAUCGUCUCAGACUAUCCCAUGAUGCUGUCGGUGUUUUCAAACAUGCUGGGGAAGGAGUCGGACCUUAGAGUAAUUGACAACCUGUGUGCCGCCCUCUGCAGGAUGAUCAUGAGCAACGUGGACGCUGUCCCUCUGGAGCAGGUUGUGCCUGUUCUGGUGUCACAUCUCCCACUUAAAGAAGAUCAGGAGGAGAACCAGACGGUGUUUAAGUGCCUGACGAUGAUCUACGAACGCAGUCCUGCCCUGGUGGUGAAGUUAUUGAAGCCCAUUGUCGCUGCUUCCAGUCAUGUUCUUGGCCACAAGGACGUCGAUACAGAAACCCAGAGGACUGUGGUUGCUCUGAUGAAAGAGCUGGCCCAGAAGCAUGGUGCAGAGUUCCAAGUAGCAGCGAUCUCCCUUCCUGCGGAGCUGCAAACCAAACUCGGAGCAGCCAUCAACUCCUCAUAGCAUGAACACAAUCUAACAGGACCAUGAAUUUUAUACUGUAGGUUGGACGGGAUAUAAAUACAGCACUUCAGCCACUCUACUAAUUUUACCACAUUCAUAAGUUCUGCCUCUAAUUUAUUUACAGCGAAGUGUCUUGUGGUAAAGUUUCAUAUGUUCAUUUAGAAGUUUUCUGUUCUUGUGUUCCGGUUUUUGUUGUUUUUAUUCGAACAACAUUAAAGUUGACUAAUCUGUAUGGGGUUAGGAGUUUAAAUUACUGAUUCAUUUCUAAAUAAUUUCAUUUAAUUUCUGUUCUGAAAUCAUUGAAGUGCCUGUUCUUUCCAUCAUCUUGUUAUGCAAAGCAGUAAAAUAUUAAACUUAAGUCCAAAUGUUACUGCCUUGAUAAGAGAUCUCUGUAGUUUUCCACCACUGAUGGUGGAAAAACAAACCAGAGUUAAGUGAUAGAAAUCUUACUGUUCUCUGAUGUAAAUAAAGGUUUAUUUUCUGCAGUCAUACUAUGAAUACAUGCUGUAAUACUAUGUAUGGCAUUUUAAUCAUAUGUGUUGCAGAAAGUAAUAAAAGGUCAAAUAUUUGCACAUGUGCAGCAAGACAUUUACAAGCUACUAUAUUGUAGCCAAGCUUUCAUAUCUGGUUAAGUUCAACUCUUUCAGUCCCUCACUGUUGUUUAAAAUUUGAAAUACUUUUUAAAAAAAAAAACCGGCACAUUUUCAACCUGCCAGCUCGGUUUCUGGUAAUAAAUCUAUUUCUUGCUGA